GCCAGGCGACCGGGAAGCACGCGAGGGCAGCUCUCCCUGCCUGUCUUCAUUCACUGUCAAAUCCUAAGGAAGUCUUUUCUGAGCUCACCCAGCAUCCAUUCAAUCAGUGGAGGUUUGGCAUUUGCGUGGAACUUAGGUAUUCCACCAAGAUUAACUUAUGGUAGCUUCUCCUGGAAGUGAAGUUUGCAAUUCCUGGUUAUGGGUCAGGUAACUGGCCAUGGAAUGAUCUCUAAAGGGCAAGUGUUUGAACCCCUGAAGAAAUCAGUCCUGCAACAGUCUCAGCAUUUCUCAACAGAACCCACUGAGAAGAAGGAAGAGGACGAAAUGAAGAGGAAGAGAGUAAAGCCAAGAGAAAACCUCAGCCCAGUUGGUUUACACAAUAUUGGACAGACCUGCUGCCUUAACUCUGUGAUUCAAGUGUUGGUUAUGAACACAGGUUUCACCGAGAUACUGAAGAGGAUAACCGUGCCAAGGGAAGUGGAAGAGAAGAAGAGAAACUUCCCCUUUCAGCUUCUCUUGCUGAUGGAGAAGAUGCAGGAUAGACGGCAGAGAGCAGUACGACCCGUGGAACUUGUCUACUGUCUUCAGAAGUACUAUGUACCAAUGUUUGUCCAACAUGAUGCUGCUCAACUUUACCUCAUAGUGUGGAACCUAAUUAAAGACCAAAUCACUGAUGUGGACUUGGUAGAAAGAUUGCAGGAUCUGUAUACAAUUCAACUGAAGGAGUCUGUGGUUUGCUCUGAGUGUUUGAUGGAGAGUAGCAGAGACAGUCGCAUGUUGACCCUCUCCCUUUCUCUUUUUGACAAAGAUUCAAAACCCCUAAAAACACUGGAAGAAGCCCUUCGCUAUUUCUUCCAUCCUAAGGAGUUAUCAAGCCAAAACAAAUGUUUCUGUGUUACCUGUGAGAAGAAAACUGUUGGGAAAGAGGUCUUCAAGUUAACCCAUUUGCCCCAAACCUUGACAAUUCACCUUAAGCGGUUCUCCAUCAAGAAUUCGAAGACAGAAAAAAAUUGCCGCUCACUCUACUUCCCUCAGAGUUUGGAUUUAAAUCAGGUCCUCCUGACUCAGCAAGACCUCUGCAAUGCUGAGGAAUAUCUUGGAGGGCAAUAUGAACUCUUUGCUGUGAUUGCCCACGUGGGAAUGGCUGAUUUUGGUCAUUACUGUGCCUAUAUAUGGAAUUCUGUGGAUGAAAAAUGGUUCUGCUUCAAUGAUUCUAAUGUUUGUUGGGUUUCCUGGGAAGACAUCCGCUGCACUUCUGGAGAUCAUAACUACCGCUGGAGAGAAACUGCAUAUCUUCUGGUUUACGUGAAGACUGAAUCCUAAUGAAUGCAUCCUAGACCUUGAGAGAUCAGCAGAGAAUAAUUUUAUUUCUAUUCCUGGAUCUGUUGGCACUUUUAUCAGACUUUUCAGUGAAAAGAUACACUAUUAAAAACUACAUAAUAAUUAAAUCUUAUUUAUAAUCAAAGGUGAAUACCAAAAUAUUUAACAAUAAAUGACAAAGUUUACGACAAGUCAGAAUGAUCAAUAUUUCCACCACUGGUUUUUGACCAUUUGUCUGGAGCAGAGUUUUUAAUACUCCCAGUUAUGUAAAGCAUCAGUCCUUUAGUUGAGACUGAGAUAAUCCAGAUACUUGUAAAUGGGAAAUAGUGAGAGGCAUUCAGAAGAUAAAGUACAGUUAGGGAUGCUCAACUGUUUCAUAAAGGCUCAAGUGCUUCAUAAUUGUUGCUAGUUUAUUUGGUAGACGUGUAUUCAUCAUUUAUUUUCCAUAAAAUACUGCAUGAGGCACGAAAUUAAUAAAGUUCUUUCUC